UUGUCUCCCUGUUUUCCUAAAAGAGGCCAAACAGAAGCCUGCUCUGUGAAGUCUUUGUACAUCGACUUCAGGAAGGAUCUGGGCUGGAAGUGGAUACACGAGCCCAAAGGCUACUUUGCCAACUACUGCAUGGGGUCCUGCACCUACAUCUGGAAUACUGAAAACAAAUACUCUCAGCCCUGCUGCGUUCCCCAGGCCCUGCACUCGCUGACCAUCAUCUACUACGUUGGACGGCAGCACAAGGUGGAAAACCUCUCCAACAUGAUAGUGUCGUCCUGCAAGUGUAGCUAA